UCUGCGCUCCUCGGGGGAAAGUUGAAGGGGAACAUGGCGGCCCCCGGUAUCUGCGCUAGAGGCGGCGUUUUGCGGAAUAAAAGUGCGAUUUUCUCCUCUCUGCGCCUCAGGACUGCGCCGAAAGACGUGUUUGCGCAGAGGGCUACGGAGAACACGUGCGUGAGAGCCGCGAGUCACUCUCCGGAGGCGCAGCACGAUCACAAGUUCUGCCUGGAGCUGGUCCGGUCUAGAGAUUACGAGGGCUUCGUGUGCUCUCUGCUGCUCCCGGAGGAGGCUCGACGCUCCUCUCUGGCUCUGAGGGCGUUUAAUGUGGAGCUGGCUCAGGUGAAGGACUCUGUUUCCCAGAAGACCAUUGGGCUGAUGCGGAUGCAGUUUUGGAAAACUGCCAUCGAUGAGAUCUACCGCGACGAGCCUCCAAACCAGCCAAUCAGCACGGAGCUGUGGAGGGCAGUGAGGAAACACUAUCUAACAAAGAGGUGGCUGCUGCGGAUCAUCAAAGAGAGAGAGAAGGACCUGGAGGACAGAGCCUACAGAAACCUACAGGAGCUGGAGUCUUAUUCUGAAAACACUCAGUCCUCUCUGCUCUACCUGCUGCUGGAGGCACUAGGAGUGAAGAACGUGCACGCGGAUCACGCUGCCAGUCACUUGGGUAAAGCUCAGGGCAUCGUCACGUGUUUGAGAGCCACGCCCUACCACAGCACGCGCCGGAGGGUCUACCUGCCCAUGGACCUCUGCCUCAAGCACGGAGCGUCUCAGGAGGAGUUCAUUCGAGGGAGCAGAGAAAACUCGGUCAGAGACGUGGUUUUUGACAUCGCGAGUCAGGCCCAUGCUCACCUACAACACGCGCGAUCGUUCAGGCAGAAUGUCCCUCCAGACGCCACCCCGGCGUUUUUACACACGGUGGGGAUAGAGGACUACCUGCAGAGACUGAGGAGGGCAGACUUUGACGUGUUUCACCCCAGUCUCCAGAACAGGAACCCUCUGCUCCCCAUACAGCUGUACCUGCGCUCCUGGAGGAACACCUACUGACCCAGGAACCAUCUCACCAGGAACCUACUGAACCAAGAAGUCAUACCAUCUCAGAAGUCAUGGACCAUCUCACCUGCUGCGCCUGACUCCAGGAGGAUCCUUUACUGACCUGGGAGCUUCUGAGGCUGUAGUUGAAGACAUUCUUGGUCAGCAGACAUGUCUUGGGGAUCGUACGGUCCACUAAAGGGGACAGUGGCCUUAAACUGGCAACGGCUCUCAAAUCUGUAUCUGUAUGAUCAUGAGACUACUACUGUCUGUGAGGUUAUGCAAAUACAGUUAUUUAUGCAGAAAACACUGUAUUUAUGUGUGAAGACAGAGUAAGCUCAUGACUCACCACCACCACGUCUUUAGAUGGCUCACACCAUGCCCUCUCUAUUCUGCUGUGGUCCAUAUAAAGCCUCACAAUAAAAUAAUCAGUGGAUUUAUUUAUCAACCAAGCAUCUAAAGGCUGCCCUCGAUCCCUAGAAAGCUUGGCCUCCCUUAGACUGCCCUGGGGCAGCUGUGACUGCAGUGUGGGAGAAGUUUGUGUUGUGACGCUGUCUCUCAGAGCUCUGCUGUUGUGCCUUUGAGCUGCACAGUCCAAACAGCCCGGGGUUACUGACCAGGACCUCUCUGCUGCUCCACCUGUUGCUCCUGCAGAACCUCACACUGACUCUGACCCUCUGUUAUGACGCAGACACACAAAAGUGUUAGACAUGACACUUCCAGAAUAAGUUUGUUAUCUGUCAGAAGGCAUGAAAAUCACUGGUCCAGAAACUCUGGACUGUGUUUGUGUGUUUGUAUUUUGUCCCUGUGUAAACUUUGAGUUAGAACCUCACGCACAGUUUUCACUUCACUGAACUAAUCAUGCUAAUAAUAGUUUUCUUUAUAUUGCACUAUUGCAAUCAGAGCUCUCAGUGCGACAGUUCCAAUCACAAUCACACACAGCGGUGACCUGCCCGUGUUACAGCUCCUAUACUCUGUGCUGGAGCCGGAGCUGCCGUGGGUCAGAUCAGUGUCACUAAUGGAUGCAUAGAACAGGAUAAUGCUCCUGGUCACUUGUGUUUGAGAAAUGGUGAAAAUAUCACAGUUUCAUCUCACAGCCUCACAAAGAGACAUGCUCCUGUCUGACGACAGCUCUAUUCCCCCACUGAGUGACAUCACACUGGGGGAAACCUCAUGUAUGUCUAUGGAGAGUAGAUGGUAUAAAGAAGGGAGUGUGACAUCACUCACAGCGUUCAGCUCCAGCCAAAUGAAGCUCAUUUAGCCCGGCAGUUAUAGGAGCUAAUCUGCAACCAGGGACCAAAUUUGGAAAUCCAAGCAUGAAACCAAAGAGCCAAGAGCCAAGCUGUUGAAGGUAGCAGCCCUUCCCACCUGCACCACUGCUUUAGCAACGCGGCUGUCAAUCCAACCUGUUACUAACACUAGUGAGGGAGACUGGGGAAAGAAGGCAGUGGAUUGGUCUGUACUUAACAUUCACAGUGAAAUAAAAACCCCAGGAUCAUGUAGAGCAGUUUAAUACAAAUAUUUUAUGCCCAAAAUGGCGAGGCUCACAGCAGCACAUACAGAAAAUCAGCUUUAACCAGAGUUCUAAGGAAACACUUCUCACCCAUGCUCACUUCCUAUUUGGAACUCCAUGGGGCGUGCAUUAAGUUUAUCCAUUUUGAUCAUUUAUCUUUAUGCUAUGUUGGAAUGUUCAGCAGUUACCAUGGAGACACAACGCACACAGUAGCAAACACAACCUGAUACGAUUAUAGACUCAAGGCACGACAGAGGGCCGGGCCAGACUGAUCUCCCUCUGUGUGAGUAAUACAAACAGAUCAGUCUGAAGGCACCAGGCACACUGUGGAAAUGGUCCAAAUGAUCUGAAAGGAAAUGUUCUGGUUCUGAAGUCCAGCACACAGGAGCCUGACCCCCCAGAGUGAAGCAGAUACAGAGGGUCAGAGGUCCAGCUGUGAGGAGACGCUCUGUCACCUGUCUGCAGCUCAAAUAUGACACUUUUGUAAAACACUGCCUUAAAAAAAUCUGUAAAUAAAACCAAAAAUGUGUUUGAACUUUA